AUGAGCUACGUGGAAGAGGCGGAUAAAGUGUCACCCGAAGAACAGGUUCAGGACAUUUACAUCCGAUUCAACGAGGACAACGAGAAGGACUAUGCGUUCACGGUUCGGGCGUCUCAAAAGGUGUCGACUCUCUACCGGGUAUUUGAAGUGCUUCCUCUAAGUCUUCGACCGUCGAUUUUUUACGAGCACAAGCCUCUGGGGUUUGCCAUUUCGCGGCAACCAGGUUUUCUGACCACUGGCGGCGCGUUCUUGUUCCAUGAGCGGGCCCAUGAGGACCAGUGGAUUGAGCGGGUGGACGAUGAUGCUCGGAUUGGCGAGAUUGCGUGGGAUUCGCAGCUUUUUGUGCCCAUUUGGAAAGAGAAGAACGCUCGGAAAUGGGCCAUUAUGGCGCUGUUUCUCGUCUGGCUGUAUACGGACCUGCCGGAUAUGGUGAGUCCCACUCCCGGGAUCCAAUUGACCACGCAAUUGAUUCGGGCGAGCUAUUAUGUCGGCGAUUUGGUCGGCGUCAAGUUCCCCGAGGACGACGGUUCUCUGGAUGUGCCUGUUUGGGCCUGGGCGUUUUUUGCCUUCCAUGUGCUUAAGUGUCUGACCCUCUAUCUGGUGCUGUGGAGCGGGACUAUGAAUCCUCUGAGUCUCAAUCCAUUCAAGGCUCGGAAAAUGGGUGCUGAGGGCACCCGUCGGCUCAACCAGGACGUCUUGCAGUCCAUUGGCUGGACCGGAGCCCGUCGAGUCACCGACGACGUGUGGCGCAGAGAGUACCGCGAGUGGGUCAUUUCCAGCAGCGGCGGCAUCGUCGAGGCCAACGACAAGGGCAAGCUGAAGGAGCUCAAGGAGGCCGGCGUUUGGCUGGAGGCUGGCGAAGGUUUUUCCGUCAAGAAAACCGGCUAUUCGAAACCAGUCGCCAACAUCACUGUCUCCGACGACCUCACCGAAAUGGCGCCCCAGUACGGAAUCUCCAUUGACGAGGAUAUUGAGAACCCCACGUCGGCGCCGGCGCCCGAUAAAAAUACUCUGGCAGUUCUGGAGCCGUCAGAGGCCAUCAAGGCCCUCGAUGCCUUCUACGAAAACAAGUUUAUCACCAAGAUCCCGCCGUCGGACCUCUGGUUUGCGACCUUGUCGGCGCCCACACUUCAGGAAAUGGAGGACCAGGAGGACCAGCAAAAGGCCGGCGAGUUGCUGAAAAAAUUUCUCCAGAGAGGGCCCAUGUACUCAGAUCUGACACCGUUGGUGAGAUUGAGAGAGAGAUGGGUGACCAAGGGGUUUGUUCAUCGGUUGAAGAAGCCGGUGGUGAAGAAGAAUGAGUAG